UUUUUUUUUUUUUUUUUUUUAAAUAAAAACUGACAGCAUAAAACCUAAUUAAGUUUUUAAUCUUAAUUAUUUGUAGGAUUUGCAUAUUUACUUGGUUUAAUUGUGAAUAACAAGUGCAGAUCUACAGGUGAUCAUGGCGGGCGCUAACGAUGGGGAAUCGUCGAAGAAAUCGAGGGUGAAAGGUAAAGGUGCAAUGGUGAUCGACUCCUCCGACGAGGAAAUGGCGGACGCGGAUGCACAUGAAUUGGGUGACACUGUGGAGCCUGCUUUCAGCCAACCAGGAGAUGAGACACAGCAGGAUUCAAAGUUGCCGGUGUUAGACCCUACUAUGCUCUGGUUUGACGAUAACAAGGUGAGGAGUGCGGUCUACGGGACGCUAACUGGGUACUAUCGAGCUCCUUGGAGGAAUUAUGGAGAGGUUGAUCAAGGAACGAAACAACACUAGUGGAACUUAUUCUCCGUAUGCUAUUUUUAACUUAGUUAAUACAUGUUUUAUGAAGUGUAUGAGAUGGAGUUGAGUUUCUAACUAAUAAAGUUUAUCAUUCGCAGAAACAAUUCACAUGGGCACCUCCAUUGAACGAGCUUGUGAAGGUCAAUUUUGAAAAGAAGCUUGCAACUCGCCUACGUGACAUGUUCUACACAGUCACACACAAGAUGAAUGGCGCGAAACCAGGCUAGCUCAUUGAGGAAGUCCACAAGAAGAUGAUGGGCAUUGUUGCCUCGGAUCCGACGUAUAAGAAGAGGUCGGCCCAGAAUAGGAAGAAUAGAAGGGGUGGUUCGAUGGAAAAUGUGGUCGAACCAAACCACUAUCAGGGUUCUAUGUCAGCUGUCCAACAUGCAAAAAGGAUGGUAAGUUUGUUUAAUAGGCAAGUAAAAUAGAAAGCAUUUGUUUAUUUCAAGCUAAUGGAGGUGUGACAUUUAUAAAGAUACUUUCUGCAUGUAUAAUCAAAGGCGGCGAAGAAUAAAGGUCAGCUACCCACAGCUCCUGAGCUUUUUCUGAAGACGCACUUCAAGGAUGUGCUUGGGAAAGGCACAGUGCCAGUCAACACCAAAGCUAAGCAAAUUGCGGUAACAUCUUCAAUAUAACAUAGAUGAAUUUGGUUAAAAAUGUUUCCUAGAACUUAGUUACUUGAUUUUUUUUUGUGUUUUCAAGUCAUGGAUACCUAAAACCACCUAUAAUUGACAUGUUUUGAGAAAGAAAGAGUUCAUUUGCUAAGAAAUGAAGAAAAUGGGCAAAGUAGAAGUCAUCUAGGCCUUAUAUGGAUGAAUUUGGUUGAAAAUGGUUCCUAGAACUUAGUUACUUGGUUUUUUUUUUGUGGUUUCAAGUCAUAGAUACCUAAAACUACUUUGUAAUUGACAUGUUUUGAGAAAGAAAGAGUUCAUUUGCUAAGAAAUGAAGAAAAUGGGCAAAGUAGAAGUCACCUAGGCCGUAUAUGGAUAAAUUUGGUUGAAAAUGGUUCCUAGAACUUAGCUACUUGGUUUUUUUUGUGGUUUCAAGUCAUAGAUACCUAAAACUACUUGUAAUUGACAUGUUUUGAGAAAGAAAGAGUUGAUUUGCUAAGAAAUGAAGAAAAUGGGCAAAGAAGAAGUCACCUAGGCCGUAUAUGGAUGAAUUUGGUUGAAAAUGGUUCCUAGAACUUAGUUACUUGGUUUUUUUUUUUGUGGUUUCAAGUCAUAGAUACCUAAAACUACUUGUAAUUGACAUGUUUUGAGAAAGAAAGAGUUCAUUUGCUAAGAAAUGAAGAAAAUGGGCAAAGUAGAAGUCAUCUAGGCCGUAUAUGGAUGAAUUUGGUUGAAAAUGGUUCCUAGAACUUAGUUACUUGGUUUUUUUUUUUUGUGGUUUCAAGUCAUAGAUACCUAAAACUACUUGUAAUUGACAUGUUUUGAGAAAGAAAGAGUUUCAUUUGCUAAGAAAUGAAGAAAAUGGGCAAAGUAGAAGUCAUCUAGGCCGUAUAUGGAUGAAUUUGGUUGAAAAUGGUUCCUAGAACUUAGUUACUUGGUUUUUUUUUUGUGUUUUCAAGUCAUAGAAACCUAAAAAUACCUAAAAUUGACAUGUGUUGAGAAAAAAAGAGUUCAUUUGCUAAGAAAUGAAGAAAAUGGGCAAAGUAGAAGUCAUUUAGGUCGUGUAUGAUUGAAUUUGGUUGAAAACGGUUCCUAAAACUUAGGGAGAUUUUUUUUUUUUUUUUUUUUUUUUUUUUUUUUUUUUUUUUUGUGAUUUCAAGCCAUGGAGGCCUAAAACCACCUAUAAUUGACAUGUUAUGAGAAAGAAUGAGUUCAUUUGGUAAGAUAUGUAGAAAAUGGGCAAAGUAGAAGUCAUUUAUGCCUUACUUCGUUCUAUUUUGUUCAUAAAGCUUAAUUUAACUUAAAUCUGUGUUCUUUUUCAUAUGCAUAUCAUGUAGGAAUCUACCAGAUGAAAGUUGAAGAAGCAAGCUCUCGAGGGAUUUGGAAGAGUCUGAAUGAGUUAAACUGGGAAACUGUGGGUGGCCGCAACAAAAAGGGUCGUGUGAUGGGACUUGGCCAAAGUGUAGAGUUGUACUAUGGCAACAGGUUGGGUCGAGUUUCCUCGUCUUCACAGCAGUACACACCUUCCAUUGUUUCCCAGAUGCAGGAUCAGGUGGAGCAGAGGGUGUAGGAAAUCUGGAGUCAUAUGGAAGACGAGAUGGAAGCUCGAUUUGAAGCCCGAAUGGCCGCAAUAGAGAGGACAAACCAGGAGAGGUGGGAUGAGAUGAUGCGUCGAUUCCCCGGCAACGACACAUGUUCUACCAUUCAACCUCAUCCUCGAGACCCCAGGGAUGACGACCCGGGUAGUGACGGUGCAGGGCAGGGUACUCCGGCUGUAGCUUGGCAUUUGUAUAUGUAUUUAGGCACGUACUUUGAUUAGGAUUAUGUUUUACGGUUGUACACAAUGUAUAAAUAUAUAUAUAUGUGUGUGUGUGUGUGUUAAUAUAUAUGUGUGUGUGUGUGUGUGUUACACACACACACACACACACGCACGCACACACACACACACACAUAUAUAUAUGUAAAUAUUUCGGUAAUUAUUCAUGAAUUCAAUUUUAUCUUGAAUUAGGUGCAGGAAGUAUAAGUUUCGAAUGGUGGUAAAUCCAAAUAAAAUCGAUAAAUUAGGUAAAUUAGCAGGGCAAUUUCCAACGGAAUUUGUGAUGAUAAGCUUCGUCAGAAAAGGUAUGUAGCGGCGGAAAAAAAUUCCGUCGGAAAAUGCCGACGAAAAAUUCCAUCGAAAACUCCUCGUAUUCCGACGGAAUAUUCCGUCGGAACCUUCUCCUAUUCCGACGGAAUUUUCCGUCGUAGGCUUUCCCUUUUCCGACGGAAAAUUCCGUCGGUAGAGGAGAGGUUUCCGACGGAAUUUUCCGUCGAAUCCUACCGACGGAAUUUUCCAUCGGAAAAGGCAUAUUUCCGACAUAUAUUUUUUCGUCGGAAAUUUGCGACGGAUUCCCAAAUCAAGUCAAACACAGCUCCGACAGAAUAAAUUACGUCGGAACAACCUCUUCCGACGGAAAAUCCCUCGGAAAAUUGUGAAUUUCCUACAAAAAGUUUGGUGACAGAACCUUCUGACGGAAUUUCGUCGGAAAGUUGUUUUCCGACGGAAUUUUCAAUGAUUCCGACGGAUUUUUUCCGUCGAAAUUAAGCUGUUUUCUUGUAGUGUGAGCA